AUGCAAAGAAGAAAACACAUUCCGAUUAGUGGGCCCAUCUUGCAAGCAAAAGGAAAUGAGUUCGCCAGGAUCCUGUGUAAAGAAGAUUUUCAAUGCUCCAUGUCUUGGAUAACAAGGUUCAGGGUAAGGCACAACAUCGUGUUUGGAAAGAUCAGCGGAGAAUCUUCAAGUGUACCAGCCGGAGUGUCCGAAAAUUGGCUACAGUGCAUCUGGCCUAUAACUCGGGAGAAUUUCGCUGACGAAGACAUUUACUAUGCCGACGAGACCGGAUUGUUUUACCGAUUGACGCCGGACAAGACCCUUCGAUUUAAAGGGGAAUCGUGCCAUGGUGGGAAGCACUCAAAAGAGAGAGUUACAGUCCUAGUCGCGAGCAACAUGACGGGAACAGAUAAGAAAAAAUUAUUAAUCAUCGGAAAAUCGAAAUCUCCGCGUUGCUUCAAAAAUGUCCAAAAACUUCCGUUAGAUUAUACCCACAAUAAAAAAGCGUGGAUGACGAGCGAGAUUAUUUCCGACUGGCUUCGCAAAUGGGACGAAGAGCUUCAAAAGAAGAAACGAAAAAUUCUUCUCACUGUAGAUAACUGUCCUUCUCAUCCGUCAGUCCCAAACCCGAAAAACAUCGAACUUUAUUUUUUACCACCCAAUACGACAUCUGUGCUUCAGCCCAUGGACCAAGGCAUAAUCAAAAACCUCAAAGUGAAGUUUCGUCAACGUUUGGUUUUAAAAAUGUUGGACCAGCCAGAAAACUUUAAGGUGUCUCUACUUGACGCAAUCCUAAUGAUUUCCGAUUCCUGGGACGACGUCACUCAAAAAACCAUUCAAAAUUGCUUUAGACAUGGUUUUGGAAAAGACGAAACGAGAACCGACCAGGAAGACGACGUGAGGAACUUUAAUGAAUGGGCCCAAGAGCUCGAUUUUAAUUUUCACGGCGAUGCAGUCAUACGCAGAAGUCGAUGCUAA